AGUCAAGGAAGCAGAGGGAAGCUUGAGAAAAUAAGGGUCGGUUGCGUGUUGUUGAGCAGAGAUUCCCACAACAACUUUGGCGUUACGAAACAUUCUCCAGUCUUUUUUUGGCAGCGGGACACACAUGUUGUGUCGUCGGGGGGGGGAACUCACUUCUGGAGGAAAACACUGACGGCUGAUACCUUGUAUUCCAGUAACAGCCGAUAUGGCUCCUGUCAAUGUCACGGUGUGGGCGGAGUCGCUGGACCAGCUUCUGGAGUGUAAAAUGGGCCAGCUGGUGUUUGAAGACUUCCUGCGGACAGAAUACAGCGAGGAGAACCUUUUAUUUUGGCGGGCCUGCGAGUGCUACAAGAAAAUGACCAGCGAUGCAGAAAUGACGGCAGCUGCCAAGAGGAUCUACACAGAGUUCGUGCAGGUCGAUGCUCUGAGACAGAUAAACAUUGACUGUGCGACGCGAGAGGAAAUCAGCGAGAAUCUCUCUCAGCCGGGGCCCGCUCGCUUCGACAGGGCGCAGAGGCUGAUAUACAGGCUGAUGGAAAACGACUGUUAUCCACGAUUUCUCAAAUCAGAAAUCUACCAAGCUCUCCUGGAACAGCAAUGAAAGCAGCUGGAGGGAAUAAAAAGCUCGGCCGACGCCUUCUCCGGAUGAUUGACUCUGCACUGCGCUCCUUAGAAUUUCAGUUUAAACAAAGAGGCUCGUCUGUGACGGGGAGCAGGAGAGGACGCAGAUACGCGGCUGUCGGUGCGAGGACUGACGGCAUCUCGCAGCCAAACGUUAUCAAAAUAAUGUAUUAAGCAGCUUUUUUUUCAAGUUCUGGUUCUGGCUCUGACUGCUUUGUGUGUAGCAUAGGAAAAGUCCUGUAAUUCAGCCAAAAGACGACAUGAAGUUCUGAAAAGAUGUGUUUGUUUGGAAAGACGAGUAUUGAUAAAGACCAAAAACCUGUUAUUAUUCUGUUCUGAAUAACCUGUUACCAGCAGUGUAUUAAGUCUAACUUUGUUUUUGUUGUAUUCAUAUUACACGACAGUACAAUAACGGCAACUGUAAAGAAUGUCUCGCUGCCUGCUGUGUGAGUUUAGUUUUAUUGUUUCAGUUUAAUACUUCAAUUAAAACUGUGGUGUUUUGUGUUUGUUGGACCGGAA